AACCUAUGCUACUCUGAGCUGUCAAUAGUUGCAAUUGCAACAAGGUAUGCGUGUGCAUCAGAGUGUGUGUGUGUGUGUUUGUGCAGAGCUGGGCCCAUUCUCACCUUCAGUGUGAACACUGUUUCAGAGGUUGUGCAGACUGUGACUCAGCUCUUUUUGGUUCUGCAUUGCUGUUUUCUCAAAAAAAAACAAUGUGGCUCAGCAGAGGAUACCGGGCUUGUUUUUUAUACAGCAAAUCUCAGACAUCUCACCGAAUCCAUGUGAGAGCAUGACUGCUUGACAACAGAGAAGGUCUUUCCCAUGCCUGAAUUUGGGGGUUGUGAUUUGGAGUCUAUUAGUGUGCAGCGGAGCUUUGCAGGUGCAACAAGGGGUUUCUCUAGAUGAGAGAGUUUGUUUGUGUAUGUGAGACCAGCAUACUGCUCUCAUGUCUCUGCAUGAGUUUCUGCGGGAGGGUAGUGAGGCGUCGUACCGGAUUGUGAACCGCCUCAGUCAUCUGAUCCAGAACCUGGACGUCUCUGGACUGAGUUCUCCUUUCCCUUUCAACCCAGCCAGCCGCAGGAACUCCUGGAGAGAUGGCGAUGAUGAGAUCAUGCAGCUGGACAGCAGUCCACUCCGUGCUGCUGAUAUCACCCCUGACCUCAAGAAGCAGUUUGCCUUCCUUUCAGGCGGUAGAGGAGAUAAUGGCAGCCCCAUCAUUGUGUUCCCAGAAUUCCCUGCGUUUGGAGAGAUCACAGACGGAGAGUUUCACAACGUGCUGACCUACCUGACUAGUGUGCCCAGUUUGUCUUCAACUGGCGUGGGUUUCAUCUUGGUCAUCGAUCGCCGGCAAGACCGAUGGGCAGCCGUGAAAGGGACCCUGCUUCGUAUCGCAGGCUCCUUUCCGGGGAACCUCCAGCUGGUUCUGAUUCUGAGGCCCACAGCCCUCCUGCAGCGUACACUCUCUGACAUCCUCUUCAAGUUCAACAAGGAUGAGUUCAAGAUGAAGGUGCCGGUGAUCAUGCUGAGCUCAAUAACGGAGCUGCACACCUACAUCGACCGCUCCCAGCUAACCCAGGAACUCGGAGGAACACAGGAGUACUGCCAUGAGAAGUGGAUCUCUCACCGCACUGCUAUUGAAGGCUUUGCAUUGAUGGUAAAGAAAACUGCACAGACCCUGCAGUCGUUUGGGACUGAGCUGGCUGAAACGGAACUCCCUAAUGAAAUUCAGGCCACAACCAUCCUGCUGAGCACCCACACCAACAAGAAAAACAAAAUGAAGGAGGAUCUGCUGGUGGCUCUGGGUCAGGGCAGCAGGCUGCUGGAGAGCAUCAAUGAGCCUGUGGUGCGAGACCCCGACCACAACAUGAACCAGGAUGAACUGGAGAACCUGGCUACAGUGCAAAGACUGUUGUCUCAGCUGGAUGAGACAGAAAGGGCUUUUGAUGAGUUCUGGUUGAGGCAUCAAACCAAACUGGAGCAGUGUCUCCAACUGCGCCACUUUGAGCACAACUACAGAGAGAUGAGGGCUCUGCUGGAUGAAGUGUCUGAGAAACUUGCAACCUUCUCUGAAGUGGGGAUCAGCCCGGCCCAUGCUGACCAUCUCCUGUGUGAACUCACCACCUAUGAGGAGAGAGUGUGUGAGGUGCUGAACAGAGUCUCGUUGUUGGCCCGUGAGGGGGAUGAGCUGAUCCAGAACUCCCACUAUGCUGAAGAUUCCAUUCAGCCCAAGUGCAGCGAGCUCAGAGCAAUUACUGAGGAUGUGAGCAGCAACCUGGGGGCCAAGAAAGACCACCUCCUCAAAGCCAUGGAGCUGUACCACUGUUUGGAGAGAGCUUCUAAAUGGGUCGAUGAUGGUAUAUACUUGCUUGCGUCUCAGCCAGUAGACAAGUGUCAAUCACAUGAGGGGGCAGAGUUAGCCCUUAAGGAGCGACGUUACCUGGAUAACUCAGGCCAGAACCAACUGACAGACCUCAGUACCAUCUGGAGAGAUUAUGAGACAGUGCUCAACCAGCAGUUCAGAGACCAAGUGGAGAAGGUUUUCCAAAAGCAGUCGUCCAUGCAGGAGAUGUUUGACAAGAGGAGGGUAAGCCUGAAGAAGCUAGCAGCCAAACAGACUAGGCCGGUGCAGCCGGUAGCCCCCCGACCUGAAGCCUUCAUCAAAUCCCCUCUCAGCUCGCCCGCACACAGAGCACAGCAGGACAAAAAGUGCUCAGAUACGGACUGUGGGAACAACUGUGAGAAAGGAAACGGCCAACUGCAGAACGGAGACAGUAACAGCAGACAUGCCUCUCUGUCGGAGGAGGAGGAGAACCUGGCGGUGCUUAGGAGGCAUGUUAUGAACGAGCUGCUGGAAACUGAGAGAGCCUACGUGGAGGAGCUGCUCUGUGUAUUACAGGGAUAUGCUUCUGAGAUGGACAAUGCAGCAAUGGCUCAUCUCAUCCCCGCUUUGCAGAACAAAAAGGAGGUUCUGUUUGGCAACAUGUCAGAAAUCUACCACUUCCACGAGAGGACAUUUCUGAGGGAGUUGGAGCAGUACACCGACUGCCCAGAGUUGGUAGGAAGGUGUUUUCUAGAGAGGAUGACAGAGCUGCAGAUUUAUGAGAAGUACUGUCACAACAAGCCUCGCUCCGAAAGCCUUUGGAGGCAGUGCUCAGACUGUGCCUUCUUCCAGGAGUGUCAGAAGAAGUUGGAGCAUAAACUGGGCUUAGAUUCCUUGCUGAAGCCUGUUCAGAGGAUUACCAAAUAUCAGCUGCUACUGAAGGAAAUGCUGAAGUACAGCAAGAGCUGUGAGGGGGCCAAUGACUUGCAGGAGGCGCUGACUGCCAUCUUGGGCAUCCUCAAGGCUGUCAAUGACUCCAUGCACCUCAUUGCCAUUACAGGAUAUGAGGGUAAUAUGAGUGAACUGGGUAAGCUGCUGAUGCAGGGCUCAUUCAGCGUGUGGACGGAGCACAAGAAAGGUCAUGCCAAAGUUAAGGACCUGGCCCGUUUCAAGCCCAUGCAGAGGCACCUCUUCCUCCACGAGAAGGCCCUGCUCUUCUGCAAGAGGAGGGAGGAGAACGGGGAAGGCUACGAGAAAGCUCCCUCAUACAGCUUCAAACAGUCUCUGAAUAUGAGUGCUGUUGGCAUUACUGAGAAUGCAAAGGGAGACAACAAGAAGUUUGAAAUCUGGUGCAACUCCAGAGAAGAGGUUUAUAUUGUCCAGGCGCAAACUGCUGAAGUAAAAACCGCUUGGGUAAAUGAGAUCAGGAAGGUUCUGACAACCCAGCUGGAAGCGUGCAGAGCCAGCCAGCAGAGGGCACCAGAUCAGGUUUCCCAGUUCCCUCCUGGGCCGAGCCUCAGUCCAUUAAAGUCUAGUAAGGAGAUCUUAAAGAGGGGAGAUGAGAACAAAGCUGAGCCCUGCAAUCCUGAUGCCAACUCCUCUUCUUUGCCAAAGCCAACAGGAAAAGAUGAGGCUGUGACAAGCCCUACCUCAGACAGAGCUGCUGUGGCUAAAAAGCGCUUUACUUUACAGGGCUUCAGUAACCUCAAAGCUCAGAAAGGAUCUCCGCCGCCCCCCAUCACAAGACGAAACCAAGUGACCCCCCAAACCCAUUUUGGGUUUAAAGAUGCAGGUCCUCCCCCUCUCCACCUGAGCAGGGCCAGGUGGUUCAGCACACCUAGUCUCUUACAGACAAAGUGGAGAGGCUGGAACAAGGCCUCCCUGUCACUGGAUGCCUCAGAGGAGCAUGACGGCUAUUCCAGUGCUGAGGAUCCUCUUAACUCUGACCCAGAGGACGACAACAGCAAGAAGCUGUUUGCCGGAAAAUAUACAGUUAUGGCUGACUAUGAGAUGGGGGCUCAGGAGUUCUCAAUGAAGAGCGGAGACAUGGUGCAGCUGGUCAAGGAGGGGGAUGACGGGCAGUGGUUUGUACGUAACCUGAGCAGCUCUAAGGAGGGCUGGAUCGCAGCUGCUAAUCUUAUCACGCUCAUUGAAAAGUCCAAGUCUUGUCAGUCCCUCACUAGCUCAGAAUGCAGUGGCUCUGGACACCUCAGCACUUCGUCCAGCUGCAGUGAGACCUACACAAGCUUCUCUGACAUCAAACCCUGAACUCAUCACUUCCGCCAUCACCAAACGGCCCUUGCGGAUGCUAGCAUCAUGUGGCUAUCCGUGCUAUAUUGCCAACAUUGGUACUUUUAAAGAAUUUUGUCAUGUUUCUUGAGAAAGCUGUAUUUUUUCAUAAAAUUUUUUUUUAAAUCAUGCACCAAUUAUCUGUUAUGUGCACAUGUCAUAGACUUUAUUGUGGUGCAAUUGUGCAGUGAAGAUACAGAAUACUGGAUAGAUAAACACAUCACAGACACAGUAUAGUAAAGUGAUCUUAAUCUAGUCAUACACUUAUCUGUAUAUUUUUCUAAUGAAGAACAGAGGAUCCCUGUGUUUAUAAUAUAAUAGAUGUGUGAAUAGGCCAGCGGGACUGAUCUUAGUUAAUGCAUCUAUUUGUGUUCACAAGUGGAGAAAGAUUGGUGAUUAUAUGUGGAUGACCGUUGUCUUUGUGUUCACCCAGGCUGGAGUUUGUAAUUCCACUGUCACUGUAAAUAAAACACAGGGAAAGAGAUACAUGCGUACAGCUUGUUUAGCUUGAAUGAAUGCUUUCUGAGAGUGUGAUCACCCCCUGUCCUCUGCUUUUCUUUUUACAUGUGUUAAUUUAUUUGUAAGAAAUGAAAAUGGCUACGUACACAUGUAUUUAGUCUUCUUUUCUUACUGGGUUUUUACUCUCUUCUUGUCUUUGUCAUUUGUCUCUCUGUUGUCAUUUGAAACCCGUUCUGCCACCAGCUGCCCAGACUUUGUGCAUAAGCUUGUGGUCUCAGGGCCUCAUGGUCUAACUCUGUGAGUUUUCAUGUAUGCUACAGUUAAAAUGUUUAAAUGUUUCUCCAUGUGAAUAAUCAGAUCCCUGUAUAGCGCUAACUUAUUAUGCGUGGAUGGAUCAUGUUCUGAAUGUACAUAUUGUUUAUUAAUAUCGUCUGUCAUAAAAUGUUUAUUUGAGAUGCUAUAUUGUACAUUAAGUAUGUUGACGUCACUACUUUGUGACCUGUCAAAUUUCUUUUUACAUAAAUGACUUGUGAUAAUUCA